GUGAGGCAGGUGUGUGGGGGGCGGGGCGGGACCGUGGCUCCUCUCUGCCGCCUCCUACGGGCUCCCACGCCGGCUCCUGCCCGGUCACCCGCUGCCGUUGCCUCUGAGGCUUCCAGGGGGCGUGGUUUAAACGGCACUGGCAUCCGAGCCCGCACACCUGACACAAAACCGCAUUUCAGCUCUUCAAAAUCAGGCUGUCAGCAGAUUUGCCACUGAAGCCCUUUCCCGUGCAUCGAACUGUAGAAAAGAAUGCAAAACUGCAAAGUUACAAAUUGCUCGGUGACCGAUGGCUCAGGAAGGGAAAAGGGGUGGUUGGAAGAACAAUGCACGUGAGGCUUUGACAUCAUGACAUCCAUCAGGCAAAGAAAAGGAAUAAAAAACGCAGAAGUUUCUGAGGAUUAUGCAGCACAAGAAGAAAAUGUGAAGUUGGAACACAAAUUGCCGUCUGAAGGCUGUGCCAGCAGGCGACUGUGGAAGGCUCUGUCAUUUACACUGGGUGGGACCAUUGCCCUUUGCGCUGGACUCCUUACGUCUGUCUACCUGGCCACCUUACAUGAAAAUGACUUAUGGUUUUCUAACAUUAAGGAAGUGGAGCGAGAGAUCUCCUUCCGGACAGAGUGUGGGCUAUACUACUCCUACUACAAGCAGAUGCUGCAAGCUCCAACUGUCAUGCAAGGUCUUCAUGGCUUAAUGUAUGAUAACAAAACUGAAUCUAUGCGGACAAUUAACCUCCUUCAACGAAUGAAUAUUUACCAAGAGGUUUUCCUCAGUAUUUUGUACAGAGUUCUGCCCAUACAGAAAUAUUUAGAGCCAGUUUAUUUUUAUAUUUAUACCUUAUUUGGACUCCAAGCCAUCUAUGUCGCUGCCCUUUACACGACCAGCUGGCUCCUGAGUGGCACGUGGCUCUCGGGACUGCUAGCAGCCUCCUGGUAUGUCACCAACAGAAUCGACACGACAAGAGUGGAGUUCACCGUCCCCCUGAGGGAGAACUGGGCGCUGCCGUUCUUUGCAGUGCAGAUAGCAGCAGUUACGUACUUCCUGCGACCCAACUUGCAGCCUCUUUCUGAGAGGCUGGCGCUUCUUGCUGUCUUUGUGUCCACAUUCCUCUUCAGUCUGACGUGGCAGUUCAAUCAGUUCGUGGUGCUGCUGCAGGCGCUGGUGCUGUUCACGCUGGACUCCCUGGACCUGCUGCCGGCCCUGAAGGCGUCGCGGCUGUACGGCGUCCAGAUUGCAGGUCUGCUCCUGGUCUGCGCGCUUCAGUUCCUCAAUUCCAUGAUUCUCGGAUCCCUGCUGAUCAGCUUUAACCUUUCAGUGCUAACUGCAAGGAGACUUCAGAAAAAUCUGAAAACUGGAAACUUCCUUAAUAGGCUUGGCAAACUGUUGUUACAUUUAUUCGUGGUUUUAUGUUUGACGCUGUUUCUCAACAACAUUAUUAAGAAGACCCUGAAUCUGAAGUCAGAUGAACACAUAUUUAAAUUUCUGAAGGCCAAGUUUGGGUUUGGAGCAACAAGAGAUUUCGAUGCAAAUCUGUAUCUGUGUGAAGAAGCGUUUGGCCUCCUGCCUCUGGACACAUUUGAGAGGCUCUCCGACACUCUGCUCUUCUAUGCUUACAUGUUUGUCCUGUGCAUCACAGCGAGUGCGGCCCUAGCUGGCGCCCUCCACAACCUCAGUGAUUCUGCGAGUCAGCAAUCCACGGGUAGCGUGGGGAAGGGCGCAGUCAGCCUGAAACCGGACGCUGCCUACAACUUGGCGCACACCGUUUUGUUUGGACUCUUGGCGUUGAGUACAAUGAGAAUGAAGUACCUCUGGACGUCACACAUGUGUGUGUUUGCAUCUUUUGGCUUAUGCAGCCCUGAGACGUGGGAGUUACUCCUGAAGGCGGUCCGUCUUUAUAACCCAAAGAGGCUGUGUGUGAUGCGGUUCUCGGUGCCGAUGCUAACACUGCUCUACGUGUCUUACAAGUUCUGGCCAGGAGUGAUGGCUGAACUCUCCGAGUUGAGAGAAUUCUAUGACCCAGAUACAGUGGAGCUGAUGAACUGGAUUAACUCUAACACCCCGAGGACGGCUGUGUUUGCGGGAAGCAUGCAGCUGCUGGCCGGGGUCAAGCUGUGCACGGGCAGGACGCUGACCAACCACCCGCACUUCGAGGACAGCAGCCUGAGGGAGCGGACCAAAGCGGUUUACCAGAUCUACGCGAAGAGGCCUGCCGAGCACGUGCACGCUCUGCUGCGCUCCUUCGGCACCGACUACGUCAUCCUGGAGGACAGCAUCUGCUACGAGCGGAGGCAUCGCCCCGGCUGCCGGCUGCGCGACCUGCUGGACUUGGCCAAUGGCCACAUGAUGGACGGGCCAGUACAAAAUGAUCCAGAUCUGAAACUUGCGGACCACCCCCGCUUCUGUGAGGAGAUAAAACGAGACCUGCCUCCCUACACCACGUUCUUCACAAGAGUGUUUCGGAACAAAACGUUCCAUGUUUACAAGCUAUCCAGAAACAAGUAACAAAGCUUCCUGUUUGUCUCUAUUUUUGAUACGUGAAACUCCAUCGUAAUGAAACUGAAUAGAUAACGUUUCAUAUGUAAUUAGGUAGCUUGCACCUUAAAGCUGUGAGAAGAGUAAAUUCUACAGAUGUUUACACGAGUGUUACCACCCUUGAAAGUGUCUCAUACCAGCUGGAGUCUGUCUUGUCUCUGCCUUUCCCACUCAUGGUCUUUGUCCUGAGAGUGACCCACAGCGGGUGCCUCACAGGGGCCCAAAAGCCACGUGUCGUGUGAACCCAGAGUGCGUUCAGAUUUCAAACACUUUCAUUUUCAGUUGGCUUAGGACAGCGAUGGUUGAGUUGAAUUGAGGGGAUGCAUAAUUAAAUUAUUUAGUGUGAUUUCACUGGUCUAGACCAACUGGUAGCUUUUUAAAAGCUCUUUAUUGUCCUGUUUCACCUAAAAGUUUUAUAAUGUUUUCCAAUUAUCAUGCUUUUAAUAUUUCAAAAAAUCAUGUUAGGUCUUUGUCUAUGACCAACACUUCUUGUGCUCUGUCUGAAAUGUAAUGUGUAGCACUUCAGCGAUGUGUGGCAUGUAUUACCUGUGUGUGUGUGUGUGUGUACACGCGUGUGCGUGCAUGUUUUCAUGCUGGACACCGGAAGGCGUUUCAAGUUCCUGAUUGUGUGUCUUUAAAGAGCAGAAAUGUCUUCAGUUGCGUGUAGCCAGGUACCUGUUACUGUUUAGUGUCAUUAUUGUAAAACCUGUCAAUACUGUUUAACCUAUCCUGCAAGAAAGGUCAGUUUUCUUUAUUUCUUACUUGUUUAAAUUUACUGGGUUUGCAGAAUUUUGUAAACUUUUUGUUUUUAGCCUUUGUAUUUUUUACAGCCUAGAACCUCGCAAAGUCUGAAUAUUUUUUAAAUAUUGUAUCUUAACAGUUUCACUAAUACAGUAUUUUUGGCCGAGAGCGUUUUCGUACCCAGUUCGAUUGCGGUCUCCAGUCUCACUGUGAGGGCUUUUCCUCGCUAAAGGCAACAAGUGCCUCUGAGUCACGCUUACUCGUAAAUGGCGGCAGAGGGUGACAUGUACCUGCUCAGAAUUUUUGAUAAUUGCUUUUAUAAUUAAUUUCUAAUCAUGGGGACAUGUAAAAGUUGCUGGUAAAAGCAUGUUGUGUAUUUAAUUAAAUCAAGAUGGCUAAUGAGAUUAACUUUCUCCCCUGUUCUUGCCAGUUGGAAAUGAUUUAACUAUUUCUCCUUGCAGUUGGACUGAAGUAAAUUACCACAGGUAUUACGUGUUCAAACGAUUUUAUAUUCAGUUACUACUUAUUAAGCAGCAUUCUAAGAGAAAUUUUACGCUGUCAUGAACUCAAGGGUACUCUGCUUUUAUGAAAACUUAAAUAAAAAUUGACGGUGGCUUGGGUUUAUUAUGCAACUGAAACUCCAAAA